AUGAGUGGCUAUCGUUAUGGGUUUAACUGGUGCAGCUGUCCCCACUGUCCCAGCAACGAAGGCAGACAGGCGCAACACGGACUCCGAUACCUCCCCUUCGUCCCCUCGUACGCCACCGGCCACCGCCACGGAAUCUGCGAAUGGUGCAAUAUCUGGCAAAACCUCAUGCCCGGCUAUGUGAGAUCCCACCCGAGCCGAAUCGAAGCAUACCCAACCCAACUGACACACAAGUCCCACAGGAAAUCCUCCCCUUCUACAGACGCUACAACACGACUUUCGAAGCCAUCCACGAUUUCUUUCGAGGUGGCAUCCGCUUUCCCCCACAGAAAGUCGCGCUGGCUAUCCGGGAUAUCGCGGAGUACAUCCAUGAAUACGCGCAGUACGAGAUGGCGGCGGGAAGGUGGUUGGAUCUCGCGGGACAGCUGGAUUGGUUGGCUGAUGACGUUGAGAGAGGAUUGGCGGAGGAUCGAUACUGGAGUCGUUUUGCCGGUAGUGGCCCUUGGUAUCGGACGAGAUUGUUGGGCUUUGGACGAUAG